AGGGCGUGGCCGAAGACGCUUGUGAGUGAGUUCAUUGUGGAAGCGCAAAGAAAAGGCAUUUGAAACGUCACUAUAAUUGUUAAUACGCCGAUUUGACCGCAGCAAGGCCACGGUCUUUUUUGGUCACACUUUCGGGACAUUUGAACACGUUGACAGGAGCCAGCGUUUUUCUUGUAGAAGUUUUCCAACUCGAGCGACACAGCCCUACUCGCUCGUUUGUUUGCGGCACGCGCCCAGCUGCAGACAUGGAGAUUGAAACCACACACUACAUCGCGAACGCGACUGCAGCCUCCCCGACGCAAGCAGUAGACACCACAGUUGUUGCAGUGGUGGUGACUCUGAUCCUGCUGACGGUGGUGAUGCUGGCCUUCCUGCUCUACUGCUACAUGUGCCACAACAAGGGCGACUACAGGACCACGGGGGAGCUGGCCCCCGGCCGGGACCUGGACGACGACGACGACAACAACGGGGAGCACAGACCGCAGGCUGCUGGCGAAAAGAAGGAAUACUUUAUUUGACUCCGUGAAGAUCCCAAAGAUUGUUGUAUUACGGGAUAUGUGGCAGAAAACGGGUGUGCACCAAACAGGUGGUGGAAUUUUUCAACCAUACUUCAAUGGUGAAGUGACGUGUGUGCAAGUAUUUAUCAACUCCUCUAUUAUGAUGUUCAUGGUAGCGCCCCCUUCUGCUCCUUUUAGCUGUUACAUGUUUACUUUUCUUUUUCUUUUUUUAAAGGGCUCAUUUUGAGUGUUGAAUUUUGCAUGAGUUGCUGACAUGACCUCCAUGUUUGACAGGAAAUAUGGAAGGCAAUAAAAAGGUGUUCUGUA